CAACGGUGGCACUUCCGCGCGUGCGCGCGGAGGAGGGGGCCGCGCCGCCGCCAUCUUGCCCCGGGAGCGGGCCCGCCGCCAUGGAGGCGGGCGCGGGCGGGCGCAAGGAGCGGCCGAAGCCGCGGGAGCCGGCGGCGCGGCUGGAGAGGGCCCGGCAGAGGGCGGCGCAGCAGGAGCUCAAGCAGCGGCAGCGGGCGGAGAUCUAUGCCCUGAACCGGGUGAUGACGGAGCUGGAGCAGCAGCAGUUCGACUCCUUCUGCAGGCAGAUGCAGGCGUCGGGCGAGUGACCCCUGGCCCCCUCCAGCCCCGCGUUAUUUAUUAGCAGAGAGCCCCUUGCUUUGGGGCUUUUCCUAAAUAAACCCUGUGCUGGUCC